AUGACCCCCAGUGCCAAGCCGCCAUUCCCCGCUACUCGAGAGAAGCUGUUCGCCAAAGCUCAGAGGAAUGUCAGGUCGUACGGCGGGAAUGUGAACUCCGGCGCGCUUCCCCGUAGAGUUUGUUCCAGUCGGCUGAUUAAACGAGACCUCACCUGCUGGGCUCGAACUCGUGUUAUUCUUAUUAAUCUUAGGACCCACAUUUCGAAACCCAUAUUUUCAGACCCCUAUUUCCAAACCCAUUUCCAGACACACCCACGUCUCCGGACCCACGUCUCCGGACCCACGUCUCCGGACCCACGUCUCCGGACCCACGUCUCCGGACCCACGUCUCCAGACCCACACCCACGUCUCCGGACCCACGUCUCCGGACCCACGUCUCCGGACCCACGUCUCCGGACCCACGUCUCCGGACCCACGUCUCCAGACCCACACCCACGUCUCCAGACCACGCUUCCAGACCACUCUCCAGACCCCGUAGCCAACCCACGUCUCCAGACCCACGUUCGCCAGACCCCACGUCUCCAGACCCAAGUCUCCAGACCCACGCUCCAGACCCACGUCUCCAGGACUCAUACUUCCAGACCCACGCUCCAGACCCAUACUUAUACUUCCAGACCCAAGUCUCCAGACCCACGUCUCCAGACCCACGUCUCCAGACCCAAGUCUCCAGACUCAUACGUCCAGACCCACACUUCGUUACUUCCAGACCAAUACUUCAUACUUCCAGACCCAACGUCUCCAGACCCACGUCUACCAGACCACGUCUCCAGACCUCCAACCCACGUCUCCGGACCCACGUCUCCGGACCCACGUCUCCGGACCCACGUCUCCGGACCCACGUCUCCGGACCCACGUCUCCAGACCCACACCCACGUCUCCGGACCCACGUCUCCGGACCCACGUCUCCGGACCCACGUCUCCGGACCCACGUCUCCGGACCCACGUCUCCAGACCCACACCCACGUCUCUAGACCCACGUCUCUAGACCCACGUCUCCAGACCCACACCACCUGGGCGCGGGCGGGACUGGAGGCGCCCGUGUGGGUGGAGGAACCGCCGUCGAAGCUGUGGUUCGUGUCUUCUGCGGGCGGCGCGGCCUCCUGUCAGGCGCGAGGGUCUCCGCCGCCCUCCGUCAGCUGGGUUAACCGGGAUGGAAGUGCCGUCAGCUCCGUGCCAGGCGUGAGGGAGGUCUUGAACAACGGGACACUUCUGUUCCUCCCUUUCGCCAACGAGGCUUUUCGAGCGACGGUACACUCUGCCGUCUAUCGCUGCCGUGCUUCGUCUCCUGCUGGAACCGUACUCUCCAGGGACACACACGUCAGAGCAGUUGUAGAACAGUACUGGGAGGUCCAAGUUUACAACCAAUACGUACUGGAAGGGAAUACGGCCGUACUGCACUGCAAGGUCCCCCCCUUCGUUAAGGAUUUCGUCACCAUUACAUCGUGGACGCAAGGACAUACCAACUACUAUCCUUCGCAAAAUGCAGAGGUGCGAGUCCCCAUUUACCUCUCCCCGUUUGGGACGCGUCCGUACCAAGAUGGCCGGAUCCAGAUGGUGUCUACGGGACAGCUGGUGGUGAGACGCGUGCGGAAUACCGACUCUCAGCUGGCUUUCCGAUGUCGCGCCGUCCAUACGCUCACGGGGGCGACGCAUGAGUCGGCGAACGCGGCACGGAUCUACGUCACAGCCCCGAGGAGUGAGUCUUCCCCAAGAGUGCCCGAAGUGGAGUCUCCUGUUCGAGUCCAGAGAGGAACCACUGCUACUCUUCUGUGUCCAGCCCAGGCCUACCCAACGCCAACUAUUACGUGGUACCGCCAGGAGAACGGCGUGGACCUCCCCUUAGGCACCCUCAACGGCAUGAUGGGGGGCGGGGGUCGACGGGCAGGGUCAAGGGUGAAGACCACAGGGCCGGUCUUCACUAUCCUGACGGCGGAGGACGCGGAUGCCGGCACCUACAGCUGCUACGCUAACAACACCGAGGGCGUGGCUGUGUUGCAGGUGGAGCUGAAGGUAGUGUCUGCCCUUUCCGUCCGCGUGACACCUCCGUCACUCGUGGUGGACGCCGGGGCUGCCGCGCAUCUCACCUGCGUCAUCUCAGUGAACCAGGUGACGUGGCUGAAGGACGGAGCCAUUCUACGUCCGGGCGCCCGUAUUAGGAUGCCCGACAGCAAUGGGCGUGUCCUGAGGGUGGAGGGCGUGAGUGUGGCGGAUGUGGGCGUGUACCAGUGUCGAGCCGAGGGACACCAGGACUCAGCUCUCGGGACGUCGGUGAUCACGCUCGGAGACACGCUGCCGGUUCUGAAAUACAGGUUCAUCGAGCAGACGCUUCAACCGGGACCUUCGGUGAGCCUGAAGUGCAUCGCCGCCGGGAGUCCCACGCCCUCGGUUUCCUGGAGUCUCGACGGCUUCCCUGUCAGGCACUCUGAGAGACUCGUCCUGGGCCAGUACGUCAGCGUAGACGGCGACGUCAUUUCGCACGUCAACAUCAGCAACGUUGCAGCGGUUGACGGGGGCCUAUAUCAGUGCACCGCCACCAACGCCGUCGGUAGUGUCAUUCACGCGGCUCGUCUCAAUGUGUAUGGAGUGCCUGUAGUACGAGCCAUGGGCGAGGUGACAGCAGUGGCGGGCGAGCGACUCGUCCUGACGUGUCCUGUGGGAGGAUAUCCCAUCCACACGCGCAAGUGGUUCAAAGAAGGAACGCAAUUACCCGUAAGUCGCCGGCAGAGUGUGCAUCCGAACGGCUCGCUCGUCAUCGACAACGUACAGCGUAAAACGGACAGCGGAAGCUACUCGUGCACGGCCUCAACGCGACACGGCGACACGAGCACCCAGUCCGUGCAAGUCAAGGUUCUCGUGCCACCGCGUAUCCUGCCCUUCAACCAAGACCACCACCUGUCGGAGGGCAACCGGCUGACUCUGACCUGCGCCGUGACGGAGGGCGACCUGCCGCUGCGCAUCACGUGGUACAAGGACGGCGUGAAGCUGGAGGGGCAGCCGCACAUCACGCUGCGCGCCUGGGACGACUUCAACAACCACCUGGGCAUCGCGCACGUGCUGCCCCGCCACGCCGGUAACUACACUUGCGAGGCCUCCAACCGCGCCGCCUCCGACCGACAGACGGCGUCGCUCUUCGUGAACGUGCCCCCCAGGAUAGGCCCCUUUUCGUUCCGGAGCAACGCGGCCGCCGGCAUCCGCGUGCAGGUGAGCUGCGGCCUCGAGCAGGGCGACCUCCCCGUCACCUUUCGCUGGCUCAAGGACGGCGCGCCCUUCACGGACAGCCGCUUCCUGGACGCCGUGGACCCGUUGCGCCGCGGGCCGGCCGCCGACCUGGCCCUCGAGGUGCGCCAGCUCGAUGCCUACUCCAGCAUCCUUAUCAUCCCGCACCUGAGCGCCGCCCACGCCGGUAACUACACGUGCGAAGCCACCAACGCCGCCCGCAGCGCCUCCUUCACGGCCCCGCUCACCGUCAGCGUUCCUCCUCGAUGGGUGACAGAACCGGCUGAUGUUAGUGUGGUUCGAGGGCGUGAUGUGGUUCUCCCGUGCCAGACCGAGGGCUUCCCGCCGCCCACGGUUGUCUGGAGAAAAGCCCAUGGAAACGCCCCCGGGACCUAUCGCGACCUGCUAGGCACCCCAGGCGUCCAGCAACUCGCCAAUGGCUCCCUGUUCCUGACGCAGGUGACGAAGGAGGAUGAAGGAAGGUACCUGUGCGAGGCCACGAACACCAUCGGCGCCGGACUGAGCAAGGUUGUCAAGAUCACUGUUAAUGCCCCACCGAGGUUCAGCAGCCACAGAGAGAACGUAAGCGUGGGCAGCGGGACCAACGCCAUCCUACGGUGUCCUGUCUCGGGCGACCAGCCUAUGAAGGUGUCGUGGCAUAAGGAUGGGAGAAUUGUCACCCCGUCGGAAUCCUACAGACACGAACUCCGUGAAUCGUCAGUGGGCGGCGGUGGGCGUCUCGGCGAAGAGGAGCGACUACUGGAACUGGUGAUAAAGGGCGUGGCCAGAGAGGACGGAGGGGAGUAUACCUGCACGGCUGACAACGCCCAUGGACACGCCUCCAUGACGGUUAUUCUACUCGUGCAAGAACCACCGGAUCUUCCCCGCUCCCUCCACAUCCUCGAGAAAGGUGCGAGAUACGUGAAGCUCGCCUGGGAAGCUCCACAAGACGGCAAUUCUCCUAUAACGAAGUAUACGCUGCGCUACACCCGUCUUUCAGGUUGGCAGCAGCAAGGCCUUUUGGAGAACCACGGCGAGCUGGAGGUUUCCGUGGGCGGGGGGGAGACGGAAGCUCGGGUGGACAAACUCACGCCCGCGACUCAGUACCUCUUCACUCUCUACGCCCACAAUGCUAUGGGUCCUUCUAAGCCUUCUGAGGUGACGACGGAGGGAGAGGCACCCGGAGCACCGCCUAGGGACGUCGAGGUUUCCGCCGCCUCCUCCAGUAGCCUGAAGGUGUCGUGGCUUCCUCCGGAUCCUUCGAGUCAGCACGGCCGGAUUCUUGCCUACUACAUCGGCUAUGGACAGUACGUCGUCGAGGUCCAGGCUGUUAAUGCCCAGGGUGCCGGUCCAGCUUCUGUUACUGUGACGAGCUCGACGCUAGAGGACGUGCCCUCGGCCGCCCCUACUGCUCUCCGAUGCGCGCCCAUGACCGCCCACAGUGUGCUGGUAUCGUGGGACCCUCUCGCGCCCGCUCUCGCCCGUGGGGAAUUACUGGGUUACAGAGUCCUCUACGCCCCCGCUGAGAGAACGAGCGAGCUGAGCGGAGAAACGACCAAUUCGGUGAGCGUGGCUUUGCGUGGUUUACGGCCCUACACCAACUACUCACUUCAGGUUGUCGCGUUUACUAGAGUUGGGGAUGGACCUGCGAGCGAUCCCGUUUUCUGUUCGACUGAAGAAGAUGUCCCGGGACCUCCGGCGGGCGUGAAGGCAGCGGUCUCUGGGCGGGGGACGAUGGUGGUGUCUUGGCUGCCGCCCACGAACAGCAAUGGGCGGCUUCUGACCUACACUGUCACCACUAGGGGAAGAGACGUCAAGAGGGCCGUCGUACGUGCUCCUUCCACCAGACACGAGGUGGUCCUUCCUUCGAGCUCCGGCAGUAUCCAGGUGUCUGUGGCCGCGAGCACACGAGUAGGAGAGGGACCCCCUUCGCCACCCGUCACUAUAGCACUGUCCACUACAGUGCCAGCGCGGGUGGUGUCCUGGGGGGGCGUGACGGGCGUGCACUGGGAGGAGGACGUGAGUUUGAGGUGCGAGGCCGUCGGAAUUCCGCCACCUGGAAGGACUUGGUACCGGGAUAACAUUAUCAUCAACGACGCCACGAAUAAGCGAGUGUCUAGUUACCCGGAUGGAACACUGGUGCUCCGAGACGUCCAGCGGAAGGACUCAGGAAACUAUACCUGCAGAGUGACCAAUGCACAUGGAGAAGAUCACAUUACAUAUGUGCUAGGUGUCCAAGUGCCCCCACAACCCCCCCAAAUCCACGUGACACGGACGGGCGCCACGACGCUGACGGUGGCGUGGCGGACGGGUGACAGCGGAGGCGCUCCAUUGCUCGGUCUCACCAUUUCGUACAAACGGGACUACGGCGAGUGGCAGGAGGAGACAGUGCCGCCCACGCAGACGUCUCACGAGCUGAGGGGCCUGGCGUGCGGGAACCACUACGAUCUGUACGUCACGGCGUAUAAUAAGGUAGGAGACGGACGCCCUUCAGAGAAUCUCCGCACGAAGACAGCCGGGUCUCCGCCCCUCACAGGAGGGCGUGAGGGCGUGGUCGUCGCCAACACCUCGUGGGCGGCGGUGAGUCUGGCCAAGUGGAGUGACGGCGGGUGUCCUAUUAGCCAUUAUAGCGUGGCUUAUCGACGUAGCAGCAGCACUACCUGGGUCGUAGUAUCUGAAACGGUAGACGGAAGUAGGCCUGUAGAAUUAGGUGGCCUAAACCCAUCUACUGCCUACGUGGUGAGUGUGACCGCCCACAAUUCUGCAGGGAGCACAGUGCAGGAAUACCCCUUCACCACAGCUGCACUCAACGGAGGACCUUCAUCUCCCGGCUUAGUCAUGGACGGUGUCUACUUGACGGAUGUACGUGUCUUGCUUCCUGUCGUGGCAUCGUCGUUAGCUCUCUUGGCCACCGUCAUCACCGUCUGCGUCUGCGUCAGGAGGAGACCGCCCCCGCCAUCACCCCAGAGCGGAGGCGACACCUGCAGCGUGACGGCGCAGGAGAACAAGGAGAACCUGAAGCAGCGGGAACAGUACUACGCCACCGUCAGGAAGACCUCCCCGCACAGGGACCCGGCGGCGCACGAGAGAGUCCCCGGUGGGUAA